AUGGCCAACAGCAUCGGAGACGCAAGCGGUACCAACAUCAACACCAUUACCCUGAUAGACAUCCUUCCAGUAGCCCAGAAACAAGGGGUUGAGAUUGCGAAGCUGCGCGACGAUCUUCGAGCUGCUUACCGGGAUGUCAACCGAUUGAACGCGGAGAACCGCGAGCAGCGCUCCACUAUCUUCACUGCCAAUCGGAAGAUCGAAGAGUACAACAAGGCAGAAGAUUUCGCGAGGCGUCUCAAGGCGGUGGAAGAGUCAGACAUAUCCACACGCCUCACAGCUGCAGACGCCCACCAGCGCUGUGCAGAUCUUCUUGGUCAGGCGAUAGCUGCAGAACACAAGCUCGCGAAGGCUGAGGGCGAGUGCGCAGAGUUGAGGACUUCCGUCAAGAACCUGACGGAUCAGAAGAUGGGGAUGCGCUGUGAGUACGAAGAGACGCUCGUCUCGUCCAAGGCGGAGUUUGAGGUCGCGAUGCGCAACGAGUACGAAGAGAAGCUUGUAUUAUCCAAGGCGGAGUUCGAAAUGACGAUGCGCAACGAGUACGAAGCGAAGCUUGUCUCGCUCAAGGCGGAGUCCAAGUCGGAGAUGGCAUUGACCGCACCCAUCCAGAGCAUGGUCAAAAAGCGCCCCUUCGGAGAGCUCGACGGAGCUGAGUACGACUUCAUCACCUUCAGUCUGACCUCCCUGCUAACGAGUGGCUAG